UGAAGCCUGAAACCCACUAAUUCCACGUCCUUUUCUUCCUCUGCUACGCACCAUGUCAUCAGAGGUUUCAUAUCUCAGUGAAAAGCUCUCCAACCAUACCUCUUUUCUGGGUCUUCCAUUAUGGAUCUUGAUCCUUGCUUUCCUGUCUUUCUUCCUUCUUUUAUCUUUCUCCAUUGUCUCUUGUUAUGUCGUAUGCUAUCGACGUACAAAAUCCAGCAGAACCCCCCCCUUUUGCCUACCCAACCCCAUUGCUCCCACCAAUUAUCGAACCGCUUACUGCUCUUCCUCGCUCAAUAGGAGUCUCCUUCCGCUUAGCAUUUCGGAUAGAGAGAUGAACACGUCCACCCAGCCUGAGCUUCAGGUGAUGUUGCCCGACCAGUGGUCUACUCGUGCCAAUUAUCUAGCUGAUAUAGAGCACUUUCCUAACUUCUCCCAUGGAGUUCCCGACACCUGGACGAGUAAUCGCUUCAGUUUGAGGGAUGUUGACGUUUUCACAAAUGGUUUCGCCUAUGCUAAUUUAAUCGGAAAUGGUGAUUAUGGUGUUGUCUACCGUGGGGUUCUUUUAGACGGUACAACAGUGGCAGUGAAGAGGCUACCCACUAACAGUUGCCAAACGGAGGGGUUCGUAACAGAGGCCGAGGCAAUCGGGCAUGUCCGACACAAGAAUCUAGUCAAGCUGAUAGGAUACUGCAUGGAACAAGGUUACAGGAUGCUUGUAUAUGAAUAUGUUAAUAACAGUAAUCUCCAUCAAUGGCUUCAUGGUCCUCUAGGACAAGAGAGUCCUCUUACCUGGACCGUUCGUAUGAACAUUAUCCAUGGGAUAGCAAAAGGAUUGGCUUACCUGCAUGAAGAUAUUGAACCACAUAUUGUCCAUCAAAACUUAAAGGCAAACAAUAUAUUACUUGAUCACCUAUGGAAUCCUAAGAUCUCUGAUGCUGCACUUUCUAGGCUGCUGGGUCCAAACCACACCCAUGGAACCACUCCUUCAUUGGUGAAGCUAGGUUAUGCUGCUGAAGGACACGGUUCCACCAGCCGCUGGGAUAAGAAGAGUGAUGUGUAUAGCUUUGGAAUACUUGUGAUGGAGCUUGUAUCAGGGAGGAUGCCUGUUGAUCAUCAUCAUCAACCCCAAAUUUACUUGAUUGACUGGUUAAAGUCCAUGGUUGCAAACAAGAAAAUUGCAGAUGUAGUUGAUCCUAAGAUGCCAGAAACUCCCUCUGUAAAGGAACUCAAACGGAUUACCUUGAUCUCAUUUCGAUGCGUGGAUCCGGAUUUAGACCAUAGGCCAAAAAUGGGAGAAGUGAUUCAUAUGCUUGAGCCACGUGACUUAUUGCUAAAUGAUGAACGGCGCAUCAGACGAGAGGCAUCGCUAAGAAAUCAUGCAGAGGGUAGCCGGGUGGACGUCUGGAAACACAACGAGGAUGCUUCUCAUGCGUAAGUCCUUUUGGGUUGAAGUUUCGUUCUCAAGGUUUUCCUUCUAAU